AUUGUGAUGUGUCCUGUGUGUGUACUCGGCAAAAGGGGAGCGGAACGGCAGGAAGAAGCGUCCAAAUAUCCAAAUAAAUGCUAGUUAUGUAGAUUUAUGGCUUCUUCACAGCGGAUGUGGAUUGAGUCGAGGUGAACUCCGCCGAGCCUCCGCGCCACAUUGGUGAGAGGGGGGAUUAUUUUAUCGUCUGGGAUGCGCAUUUUCGGGAGUGGGUUUGUGAGGUGGACGCGUCCCGCGGUGAGUGGGCGGGGGUCGGGUGUUGGGUAGAGUGCUCCGGCAACAACAUGGGCGCCUGGCGCCUGGGACAAUAACGACUCGCCUCCUUGUUGCUUCCCCUCUCAUCCGGCGUUGACAUGAAGACCGUUGCGCAAUGCAGCGCUAAACCGGAUUUGGAAUCGGCACGGAUUACAUAAUAUAAUCAUCCUUGUCUAGCCCAACCUGUUUAUUUCUUUAUUUUUUUCCCCCCAUCUAGACCCCCCCCCCCACCACGUAUUGUCAAUGUAAGGAGAGUCAUAUUUCGGGGGGGGGGGGGGGAGGGGGGGGGGCUGUGUCGUGGGCACAGAUGAGAGGCAAAACAUAUCACCCGCCGCUGAAGUUGAUAGCACCCUGGGAGAAGGAUGCUGGCUUCGGCAGGAAGCUCAAGACCUACAGGAACCAUACCAAGAUAAUAGCGCAGCCCGGCAUUGUGAUGAAAGUGCUGCGCAGGAAGCGGAUCGUGCUCUUCGGGGCCUACUUCCUGCUCCUGGUGCUCACCAUGCUCAACUUGGCCAACUACAAGUGGACCAAGGAGCCGCAGCCGUGCAGCCACCCGAUGAGGGGCGCCGCCUACCAGGGCCGCUCGGACCUGCGCUACCUCUACAGACCCUCGCUGGCCAAGAAGAGGCAGCUCAUCUACGUGCUGACCACGUGGCGCUCGGGCUCGUCGUUCUUCGGCGAGCUGUUCAACCAGAACCCCGACGUGUUCUUCCUGUACGAGCCCAUGUGGCACAUCUGGCAGAAACUGUAUCCGGGCGACGCAGUGUCCCUGCAAGGGGCGGCGCGCGACAUGCUGAGCUCACUGUACCGCUGCGACUUGUCCGUCUUUCAGCUUUACAACAACCCCGGGGGCAAGAAUUUCACCUCGCUGGGGUUGUUCGGAGCCACUCUGAACAAGGUGGUGUGCUCCUACCCUCUGUGCUCGGCCUACAGGAAAGACGUGGUGGGGAUGGUGGACGACAAGGUCUGCAAAAAGUGCCCCCCGCAAAGCCUAAGACUGCUCGAGGACGAGUGCCUCAAGUAUAACACGGUGGUCAUCAAAGGGGUGCGCAUUCUGGACGUCAACGUUCUGGCGCCCCUCAUGGAGGACCCCUCCUUGGAUCUGAAGGUGAUCCACCUGGUCCGAGACCCGCGGGCGGUGGCCAACUCCCGCAUCAAAUCCCGGCACGGCCUCAUCCGGGAGAACCUGCAGGUGGUGCGCAGCCGGGACCCCAAACUCCGCCGGAUCCCGUUCGUGGAUCCCGGCCACAAGGCCAACAAGAAGGACGGCUCGGACUACCACUCCAUCGGCGCCAUGGAGGUGAUCUGCGACCGCACCUCCCGGACGUUGAGGACGGCGUUGAACCCGCCCGGCUGGCUCAAGGGCAAGUACAUGGCCGUUCGCUACGAGGACCUGGUGGACAAUCCGGUGAAGACGCUACGCAGCGUCUACCGCUUCGCCAACCUGACGACCAACCGUGACAUCGAGUCCUUCGCCCUCAACAUGACCAGCGGCUCCAGCUCGUCGUCCAAGCCGUUCAUCGUGUCGUCGCGCAACGCCACCCAGGCGGCCAGCGCGUGGCGGACGGUGCUCAGCAUCCAGCAGAUCAAGCAGGUGGAGGACUACUGCCACCACUCCAUGGCCGUGCUGGGCUACGAGCGCGUGCGGACCGCCGGCGAGGCCAAGGACCUCAGCAAAUCACUACUGACGCAGUCCAAACUGUGAAGAUGCCACCAAAGACGCAGAGUAGGAGCAACUCGUUCAACGCCACAUUUGGAAUGUACCGCCUUUUGAACAGCAUUUGCAAGGACCACUUUUUUUCUUCUUCUGGAACACUGGAUGCGAUUAAUUGGCCUACCACUGACGAAAAAAAACCCCAAAACAAACAAAAAAAAAACCUUAACUCAGGGGUUCUCAAACAUUUUGGGUCCAGGGGCCCCAGGAAUUUUAUCAUUAUUAUAUUUUUUUUUAACAAGGACCCCUCAUAAUCCAAACGCUAAUUAAAAUGUACCCCUAAAUGUCUUUGGGAUUAGAAAGUGGCCUCUUUUGGAGAAAAAAACAUUGUAAAGUCAUGAUAACAAAUUCAUAUUUUUGGAGAGAAAAAAACAAAAGUUUUUUUUUUUUUUCAA